UGUUUUGUGGCUUGGAAAGCCGUUGAAUGUUGACGCGAGAGUUCGACGCAAGUCGACAAAGAGAUGCGAAGGAGUGAGGUCGUUUCGAGGCCAGACUCGUGUUCCUCUUCGAUGCCAAUCUUGAGGUUCUAUGUUCGUUGCUCAACUCCAACAUUGUGACUGGAUCCGAAACUAGGAAAGCGGAUUACUGUGUGGUUUUGUGCCAUCAGUCGGAGAAGUCUAAGAUUGUUUAAUUCAGGUCACCCACCACGUUCCCCGGUUCUUGGAGCGAAGCUAAUAUGGCUUCGGGUGGAAAUGUCAUUGCCUUGGUCGGACUUUAAGCCGCUUCCCAACCAACCAACCAACCAAAGGGCCAAAGAGUGACCAAGUUUUUGCAUUACUUCUCAACAUUGUGCCCAUAUAUCCGUCCAAAUCAAUUAGAGGUGAUGGGUGCCCACCCGAAAACUUCUCGCAGCAUAGGGACAACGCAACCACAAGGAAAACAAGAGACCCGAAGACAAGUUCAAGCACUGGCUUGAGAUCCAAGAAACACAACCACAGAACUGGGUUCCUUAUUAAGCAUCUCCGCUCCUUGAGGCUCCGUAUCGUUCUUGGUUGGUUUGGUGGGUGUUGUGCCUUCUGAUUUCCUUCUGAUUUCCAAUAUUCCAAUGCCCGGUCUUGGAAUUGAUUUCGACAAUAGAGUGUUAAUACAUGUGAUUCCGGAAGGCGUACAAACACUUGUGAGCUCAUCGUCUAGAAAGCCAUUGGCCAAGAUUAAUAUGAUGUGGUCCCGUGUUCCAAACUAUUGGUGCAGACCUCGAGGUAGUUCUGGCGGUUCUCGUGCCCUUUGGAACCAGGGCGAUGGAUGGAAGAUCUUCUUUGUCCUGAUUACCGUGACCUCGCACUCGGCUGGAUCCUUGCCAAACACAAUCAAAAUAGGUGGCCUGUUUGAUAUGUCUGACUCGGUGGAGGAGAUAUCGUUUCGAUAUGCCGUGGACCGCGUGAAUGGAGAUCGAGAUAUCCUGCCCAAUUCUCGACUCACCGCUCAAAUUGACCGCAUUCAGCCCGAGGACUCAUUCUAUGCCUCUAAGCAAGUGUGUCGCGACCUUCAAAUGGGCAUUGCGGGCGUGUUCGGUCCUCAGAGUGGCGUGACUGCUAGUCACGUUCAGUCGAUCUGUGAUGCAUUGGAAGUUCCUCAUAUUGAAACACGUUGGGAUUAUCGUCUGGUGCGAGAGGAUUACUCUGUCAAUUUGCAUCCAUAUCCUCAGGCCCUUGGACAGGCAUACGCCGACAUGGUGACCGCCAUGAAUUGGAAGAGUUGUUUGAUUCUCUACGAGGAGAGCGAAGGCUUAGUCCGACUCCAAGAGGUCUUGAAACUCUCGCCCAAGCGACUCGAUAUCAAGAUCCAAAUUCGCCAACUGGAUCCUGGGCCUGGAGGAGAUCACCGACCAUUGCUGAAGGACAUCAAACAGCUCGGUGAGAACCGAAUCAUUCUGGAUUGCAAAAAUGACCACGUGCAAGAAAUUCUCAAGCAAGCUCAGCAAGUGGGCAUCAUGACCGCCUAUCAUACCUUUUUCAUCACGACACUAGAUUUACAUUUAGUCGAACUUGAAGAGUUAAAAUACGGAGGCACCAAUAUCACUGCAUUUAGACUGGUGGACCCCGAUUUGGAGGAGGUUCAAAACAUGAUCGAGGAUAUCAAAUUCGAGGGCGGUCGAGGAGGACGAAAAACCUCGGACUUGAACCGAUCGACCAUCAGGCCCAAUAGUACCAUCCACCCAUUUGCAAUAGGGACCGAAACGGCCUUGAUCUUUGACGCGGUUCACUUGUUCUCGAGGGCUCUCACGGAUCUGGAUCGCAGCCAAGAAUUGUCCCAAGUCAGUCUGAAUUGUGAUGGACCUGGAACGUGGCAAUAUGGGAACUCGCUGAUCAAUUACAUGAAAAUGGUCGAGAUGAAUGGUCUGACAGGGAAGAUCCAAUUUGACAGUCGAGGGUUCAGAAGCGAUUUUGACCUGGACAUUGUGGAACUAAAGAAGGAGGGCUUGAGUCGGGUGGGACGAUGGAACCGCGGAGCAGGAGCCAAUUUCACGCGGAACUUCACGGAAUCGUACUCGGAAAUCAUCGAGAGCCUCCACAACAAAACCUUGGUCGUUACGACCAUCUUGGCUGAACCUUACACCAUGUACAAGGAGAACUCCGCCGUCCUCUCUGGCAAUGAGCAAUUCGAAGGAUACAGUGUUGAUUUGGUGGAUGCCAUCUCCAAGAUCUUGGGGUUCAAUUACUCCUUCCGUUUGGUUGAGGAUGGUAAGCACGGAAGUUACAACAAAGACACUGGAACAUGGAACGGAAUGGUGGGCGAGCUCCUCUCACAGAAAGCCGAUUUGGCCGUGGGGGAUCUCACCAUAACGUACGAACGGGAACAGGGCGUGGAUUUCACCAUGCCUUUUAUGAAUCUAGGGGUGACCAUCCUCUUCACCAAACCCACUGCAAAGGACCCGAAUCUCUUCUCGUUCUUGAGCCCGUUGUCGUUGGGAGUUUGGAUUUACAUGGCCACGGCGUAUCUAGCCGUAUCUUUACUCCUGUAUUUAUUGGCCAGGAUUUCUCCGUAUGAACGUGGCGUGGAUGCCUUGAUCGUGAGUCGGAGCGAUAACAAAGGCUGUCGUUUGGCUCGAUCUGAUCCAAUCUAUGACACCUUGUUUUCGGGUAAUGGUCGAGUUGUUCGAACCAUUGGAACUCAGGUUGAAGACCGGGAAGAUGAUCACGAUGUAUUCACCCUGAUGAACUCGUUUUGGUUCAUGAUCGCCUCGCUUCUACAACAAGGCACGGAUCUUCUACCCAGGGCGAUAUCUACCCGAAUGGUGGCGGGAAUGUGGUGGUUCUUCACAUUGAUAAUGAUCUCGAGUUACACGGCCAAUUUGGCGGCCUUCUUGACCGUGGAACGCAUGGACUCGCCCAUUGAAUCUGCAGAGGAUUUGUCCAAACAGCACAGCAUUAAAUACGGAUGUUUGCAAGGAGGAUCGACAGCAGGGUUUUUCAGUGACUCCAAAAUCGAUACGUAUUCUCGGAUGUGGGUAUUUAUGAGCUCGGAUAAGUCCAAUUUCGUAUCCUCCAAUGCAUUGGGCGUGGAUCGAGUUCUGAAAGAGAACGGGAAGUACGCCUUCCUCAUGGAAUCUACUUCUGUCGAAUACGUGAUUGAGCGGAAUUGCAAACUAACCCAAAUUGGGGGACUUAUGGACUCCAAAGGCUACGGCAUAGCAUUACCUCCAAAUUCACCUUUUCGCACUCCAAUUUCGAGCGCCAUUCUUCAGCUUCAAGAGGGCGGAAAAUUGCACAUGUUGAAAGAAAAAUGGUGGAAACAAAGGAAAGGCGGCGGCAAAUGCAAAGAAGUGAAGGACAAGGAGGCCAAUGAAUUGAACUUGAAGAACGUAGGAGGCGUCUUCCUUGUUCUCAUGAUGGGGCUCGUUCUGGCAUGUUUCAUUGCCUGCUUGGAACGGUGCUGGAAGAACCGAAAACCUCGCUAUGAUCAAAUGCCUGGAGUUUCACACAGCGGUGGACACUUGUCCACGUGCACAAACGAUACUUCUGAGAAUCUCGGUUGCCACGAAGGACUUCCGGUACGUUUCGAGAACGGUCACAUCAAUCACAACCACCUCGACCUGGCCGGUCACGCCCCCAAUUGUCAUUCCUCCGGGCUCACGGGCAGCAUGGGCCACAUUCCCCCCAACAUUAUGGCCGACACGGGCGGCUUCCUCACCUCGUCUCUUUCAGCUGCGUCGUUGAACCAGCCUAGUUGCGCCGUGCCCAUGCACGAGCAUCAUCGGCCGUCUAGCUCGGUGACCAGCACGCCCGGAGGCGGAAGUGGCUGGGCUAUGAUGACCAAUAGCAACGGAGGGAGUCGCCACGUGGUCAGUCAUCGCCAUCAUCAACACCACCACCAAGAGCAAUGUCCGCACUACAAUGGUGCCGAGUAUAAGUUCCAUGAGGCUCCCUCCUGAUUGGAGAUGGAAUGAUGGAUGUCCUAUGAGCCCAAAUGAGAAAAAAACAAGCAAAGGACAUCCUGAUGGCAGUCUGCGCUCAAAACGUCGGAUCUCAGCCAUUGAGCCUAAUUCAGUGGAAUAAAAAUGCAUGUGUUUUCUACCUCUGAGUCAUUUGCUACCUUCUCCUGAUUUUCUUUUCGAUUAACCGUAGUAGCCCCACUGAACGUACCCUCCUAUGCCUCCCAUGAACGCCGACAAUUGAUCCAUUUGUAGUCAUACGGUAUAAUCAGCAUCAUUGUCCCUAUUAUGAUGAUUAUUACAACUAUUGCUCAUGAUAACGACAAAAUUAUCAUCACUACUAUUAUCAUCCAUACUUUUCCUGCUUAUACUUACUUAUUCUAGAGACAAAUUUGUCUUCUCCCAAUUCGUAUUAACGUCUAUCUGUACUCUGUGAUACGCCCGAAUUGAGCAGGUAACAAGCGCGGAUUCCUUGGAUUUUCCCAGCGCGAGAUCUGCCAUUAUCUUGAUGUCCUUUAUGAUAAUAAACGAUCGUUGCGAUCUAGUACCC